AUGGCCAGACCUAGUACGGUCACCGUUGGUAACAAGAGAGCCCGUAAAAGCAUUGGACCUCAAUCGUACCCAGUAACAGCUGGCGACCCGAUUCCUGUUGGAAGGAAAAAGAGGUACCGACCAGGAACCAAGGCGUUGAGAGAGAUACGGAAAUACCAAAAGACAACAGACUUACUUAUAAGAAAACUGCCAUUUGCAAGAUUGGUGAGAGAAAUAGUUGGUGACUAUUUAGGGUUUGACAAUCAGUUACGAUGGCAGUCAGUUGCUAUCCUGGCAUUACAAGAGGCUACUGAAGCAUUUUUAGUCCAUUUAUUCGAGGAUACAAACCUUUGUGCUAUACAUGCAAAGCGAGUCACUAUAAUGCAAAAAGACAUUCAAUUGGCAAGGAGAAUCCGUGGUGCUUGGGGUGGGCUCGGCUAG